AUGUCUAAAGCACAUGAUCUCUUAUCCAAUUCGAAUAAAAAAAAUUAUCAACUAAUAUCACAAAAAUGGCAAUCAAAUGUUACAGAGUCUCAAGCUCAAGAGUCUGAAAUUAUAAAUGAAUUAAAUGUGGGAAAAAAUGACGAGUUUGUUGUUGAUGAUAUUAUUGAUAGGUUAACAGGCAUAGAAUUUUGUAGAUUAUUGAAUAUAGAACCGAGAAAACGGUUAGAAGCGAUAAUUUAUAACUAUAGAGUGUUCAAUAAAACUUUAGAAGAUGACUUAUCGUUUGAAAAAUUAGAUAAAUUAAGCAAUGACGAUAUAAAAACAGAAGUUCCAUAUGAAAUAUACAUCGAAGCAGUAGAAGAUGAAUCAUUAAAAUUAAAAGUAGGUAAUAUUAGAAUAUGGUCUAUGCAAGGGGUCACCAACCUUUUCCAACAAGUGAACAGGGGCGUAUUCAAUGGGGGAGGGGGGGGGGAAUGA